AUGAAAGUUAAAGGAUUAUUUAGACAACAUAUAGAUUCAUUUAAUUAUUUUAUUAAUGUUGAUAUUAAAAAGAUAGUACAAGCUAAUAGUAUGAUUACACCUGAUACGGAUGAUAAAUUUUAUAUUAAAUAUAAUGAUAUUUAUAUUGCCAAGCCUAGAUUAGAUGAAGGAACUGAUACAAUAGAAUUAACACCACAAUUAUGUAGAUUGAGAGAUUUAACAUAUUCAGCAGAUAUAAUUGUUAGUGUUGAAUAUCCACAAAUAGUUGGAAAUGAAACAUUGAUAAAACAUGAAGAUUUAAGUAUAGGUAGAAUGCCAAUCAUGUUACAAUGUGAUAGAUGUGUAUUAUGUGGUAAAGAUGAUAAAGAAUUAGCAAAAUUAGGAGAAUGUCCAUUAGAUCCAGGUGGUUAUUUUAUUGUAAAGGGAGUUGAAAAAGUUUGUUUAAUUCAAGAACAGUUAUCUAAAAAUAGAGUAAUUAUAGAUUUAGAUAAAGAAAAACAAAUAACAGCAUCAGUAACAGGUUCAACACAUUAUAGAAAAUCUAAAACUAAUAUUAUAAUCAAACAUGAAAGAUUUUAUUUAGAUCAUAAUAGUUUUACAAAAGAUAUACCAAUUAUAAUGUUAUUUAAAGCUAUGGGUAUUGAAUCAGAUCAAGAAAUUGUUCAAUUAAUUGGAAGUGAUAGAAAAUAUAUUGAUGCAUUAGGUCCUUCUUUUGAAGAAUGUAUUCGUGAAGGUGUUUAUACAUCUGAACAAGCUAUUGAAUACAUGUCUAGAUAUUUAAAAUUAGCUGAUUUUAGAAAAAACAAACCUAAAAUGGAAGAAACUAGAGAAAUUUUAUCAAAUAUUAUAUUAUGUCAUAUUCCUGUUUAUAAAUUUAAUUACAAGAUGAAAAUUGUUUAUUUAGCAAUCAUGGUAAAAAGAAUGAUUGAUGCUUUACAUGAUUCUGCAAAUAUAGAUGAUAAAGAUUAUUAUGGUAAUAAGAGAUUAGAAAUGGCAGGUCAAUUACUUUCUUUAUUAUUUGAAGAUUUAUUUAAAAAAUUUAAUGAUGAAAUUAAAAAAACAUUAGAAAAGAAAACAGGUAGAAGAAGUAGAAGAGCCACUUCAACACCCACUGAAGAUAUUUCAUCUAUUUUUAAUGCAAAUAGUUCUAAAAUUACAGAAGGUUUAAAAAAUUCAAUCUCCUCUGGUAAUUGGAAUGUACAAAGAUUUAAAAUGGAACGUGCAGGUGUAACACAUGUUUUAAGUAGAUUAUCAUUUAUUGCUGCAUUGGGUAUGAUGACUAGAAUUUCAUCACAAUUUGAAAAGACAAGAAAAGUAUCAGGUCCACGUGCAUUACAACCUUCACAAUGGGGAUUAUUAUGUCCAUCUGAUACACCUGAAGGUGAAGGAUGUGGUCUAGUUAAAAAUCUUGCACUUCUCACACACGUUACAACAGAUGAUGAAGAAGAACCAAUUAUUAGAUUAGCUUAUAAUAUUGGUGUUGAAGAUAUUAAUUUAAUUUCAGGUGAAGAAUUGAAUCAUCCAUCUUCAUAUGUUGUAUUUUUGAAUGGUUUAAUUUUAGGUAUACAUAGAUUUCCAUCACAAUUUACAAAAUUAUUUAGAAUGAUGAGAAGAGCAGGUAAAAUACAUGAAUUUGUAUCAAUUUUUAAAAAUGAUUUACAUAAGGCUAUUUAUAUUGCAAGUGAUGGUGGACGUGUUUGUAGACCAUUAAUAAUUGUUGAAAAUCAAAAGUUAAAAGUAACACAAAAACAUUUAAGUGAAUUAGCUGAAGGUAUUAGAACAUGGGAUGAUUUUUUAAAAGAAGGUUUGAUUGAAUAUUUAGAUGUUAAUGAAGAAAAUAAUUCAAAUAUUGUUUUCAGAGAGGAAGAUAUCAAAUUAGAAACUACUCAUUUUGAAAUUGAACCAUUUACUAUAUUAGGUGUAUGUGCAGGUUUAGUUCCUUAUCCACAUCAUAAUCAAUCACCACGUAAUACUUAUCAAUGUGCUAUGGGUAAACAAGCAAUGGGUGCUAUUGCUUAUAAUCAAUUUAAUCGUUUAGAUACUUUAUUAUUAUUAAUGGUUUAUCCACAAAAACCAAUGGUUAAAACUAAAACUAUAGAAUUAAUUCAAUUUGAAAAAUUAUCAGGUGGUCAAAAUGCAUCCAUUGCAGUUAUGAGUUAUUCUGGUUAUGAUAUUGAAGAUGCUGUUGUUGUUAAUAAGGCUAGUAUUGAUCGUGGAUAUGGACGUUGUAUUUAUUUAAAGAAAUACGUCACUGAAUUGAAGAGAUAUCAUAAUGGUGUUGAAGAUGUUUUACAACCACCACCAAAUGCACAACAAGCAAAAGAUAUGGAUCAAAAGAGAUUAAAAUCAUAUCAACGUUUAGAUUUUGAUGGUAUGUGUGCUGUAGGUGAGAGAAUUUAUCCAAAUGAUAUGUACAUUAAUAGAUUUGUUGCACAAAAUACUCAAGAUAAUUUACUUGGUAUGAAUACACCUACUCCAUCAUCAUCAAAUGGAGCUGCUGCUAAUACCUACAAACCAUCACCAAUAUUUUACAAAGGACCAUGUAGUGUCUAUGUAGAUCAAGUAUUAAUUACACCAAAUUAUGAUAGAGGUGGAUAUGCAUUAAAAUAUUUAUUAAGACAAACAAGAAGACCUGAAUUGGGUGAUAAAUUUUCAUCACGUCACGGUCAAAAAGGAGUAUGUGGAUUAAUUGUAGAUCAACAAGAUAUGCCAUUUAAUGAACAAGGUAUAUGUCCAGAUAUGAUUAUGAAUCCUCAUGGUUUUCCAUCACGUAUGACAGUUGGUAAAAUGAUUGAAUUAAUAUGUGGUAAAUCAGGAGUAUUAAAUGGUAAACAAGGAUAUGGUACAGCAUUUGGAGGAGAUAAAGUAGAAGAUAUUGGAAAGGGAUUAAUUAGACAUGGAUUUUCAUAUAGUGGUAAAGAUUUAUUAACGAGUGGUAUAACAGGUGAAACCAUGUCAUGUUAUAUUUAUUUUGGACCUGUUUUUUAUCAACGUUUAAAACAUAUGGUUUUAGAUAAAAUGCAUGCUAGAUCUAAGGGACCUGUUAGAAUUUUAACAAGACAACCACUUGAAGGUCGUUCAAAAGAAGGUGGUUUAAGAUUAGGUGAAAUGGAACGUGAUUGUUUAAUUGGAUAUGGUGCAAGUGCAUUAUUAUUAGAAAGAUUAAUGUUAUCUUCAGAUGAAUAUAAGGUACAUGUUUGUGAAGAUUGUGGAAUGAUUGGAUAUAUGGGUUAUUGUAAUUUUUGUAAAUCAAAACAAAAUAUUUCACUUUUACCAAUGCCAUAUGCUUUUAAAUUAUUAAUUCAAGAAUUACAAGCAAUGAAUAUUUCACCAAAACUUAAAUUAUCACCUUUUGAAAAGUAA